AUGCCAGCAGCCCACCCAUGUGCCCGUGACAAUGGUGGCUGCUCCCACAUCUGUAUUGCCAAGGGUGAUGGGACACCACGGUGCUCAUGCCCGGUCCACCUCGUGCUCCUGCAGAACCUGCUGACCUGUGGAGAGCCGCCCACCUGCUCCCCAGACCAGUUUGCAUGUGCCACGGGGGAGAUCGACUGUAUCCCCGGGGCCUGGCGCUGUGACGGCUUUCCCGAGUGCGACGACCAGAGCGACGAGGAGGGCUGCCCUGUGUGCUCCGCCGCCCAGUUCCCCUGUGCGCGGGGCCAGUGUGUGGACCUGCGCCUGCGCUGCGAUGGCGAGGCCGACUGUCAGGACCGCUCAGACGAGGCGGACUGUGACGCCAUCUGCCUGCCCAACCAGUUUCGGUGUGCCAGCGGCCAGUGUGUCCUCAUCAGGCAGCAGUGCGACUCCUUCCCUGACUGCGUCGACGGCUCCGACGAGCUCAUGUGUGAAAUCACCAAGCCGCCCUCAGACGACAGCCCGGCCCACAGCAGUGCCAUCGGGCCCGUCAUUGGCAUCAUCCUCUCCCUCUUCGUCAUGGGUGGUGUCUAUUUUGUGUGCCAGCGCGUGGUGUGCCAGCGCUACGCGGGGGCCAACGGGCCCUUCCCACAUGAGUAUGUCAGCGGGACCCCACACGUGCCCCUCAAUUUCAUAGCCCCAGGCGGUUCCCAGCAUGGCCCCUUCACAGGCAUCGCGUGUGGAAAGUCCAUGAUGAGCUCCGUGAGCCUGAUGGGGGGCCGGGGCGGGGUGCCCCUCUACGACCGCAACCACGUCACAGGGGCGUCGUCCAGCAGCUCGUCCAGCACGAAGGCCACGCUGUACCCGCCGAUCCUGAACCCGCCGCCCUCCCCGGCCACGGACCCCUCCCUGUACAACGUGGACGUGUUCUACUCUUCCCACAUUCCGGCCACCGCGAGACCGGACAGGCCCUACAUCAUUCGAGGAAUGGCGCCCCCCACGACGCCCUGCAGCACCGACGUGUGUGACAGUGACUACAGCGCCAGCCGCUGGAAGGCCAGCAAGUACUACCUGGAUUUGAACUCGGACUCAGACCCCUACCCGCCCCCACCCACGCCCCACAGCCAGUACAUGUCGGCAGAGGACAGCUGCCCGCCCUCGCCCGCCACCGAGAGGAGCUACUUCCACCUCUUCCCGCCCCCUCCGUCCCCCUGCACGGACUCAUCCUGACCUCGGCCGGGCCACUCCGGCUUCUCUGUGCCCCUGUAAAUAGUUUUAAAUAUGAACAAA